GGCUAGUUUGACAUUAGGCAGAAGGCAGGACAGUGUGGUACCUCUUUGGAUGGUUGUCAUGCUACACUGCCCUGCCUUUGAAGUAAGGAAGAUUGUAGCAGACUUGGUAUUUCACAUCUAUUUCUGGUGUGUAAAAAUAUGAAGAGCCUUUGAAUGCACUGGUUCAUUUGAUCCAGUAUGGGUAGCCCUAGGUUGACUUUGAAGAGGUUAUUAGUGAGCCAUACUUUAUUCCCUCUGAUUAUACUAUAACAUGAUACCAUUGCAGGGUAAACUGAAAGGUGAGGUGAAUCUGUGUAGCAAUGUAAAGGUGAACAUGCUAGUUUCAGUAGUACUUGAUAAAUAGAGCUCUGUGUCAAUGGAGUCAGAAAAUCACUUGUCCGCCGGUAAGUAGGAAACUUUCCCUCUGUGAGCGUAAGACAUGUGGGACCUACAACAUGAGCUAUAGCAAUGUGAUUAGUAGUCAUACAAAGUGAAGGACUGGUAAGUUUAGUUCUGCUAUUCAGAGCUAGGCUGGCAACUGAGGAGCUGGCAAGAAUUGUGCUGGUUUCGGUCUGAGGUUGCAAAUUGCUAAGCUGAUUUAAAAGCAGGAAGAGACUAAAUAAGUCCAUGCAUAGUGGAGGGCAGGAGAGCAGAGACCCCUCCGGAGUUAUCAAGAAACUCUGGAAUAGGGGUGGAAAGUAUGUUCCUUCUUCCUUCCAGAAGAUACUUGGGGGAGAUGCCAGAAGAUGCCCGAGAGGAGAAACAGCCUUCAGUUCUGCCAGAUUUACUGACUAGAGACGAAUAUAGAAGAGGGGACCUCUGAACAGGGUCCUAAAACAGCACAGCUUUGGGAAUCGGAGACGUUUUCUGUUCCAGCAGCUGGAGUAGAGGCUCUGAUGGGUGCCCUCACCCUCCUGUUUUGUGUUGGCCUCUGGCUGUCAGGUGUCUGUCUAGCUUUUAAUAUCUGCAAUUGUUUGUUUCGAGCACUUGGUGACCAACUGGAGGGGCAUUCCCGGAACCACCUCAAACACCGCCAGGAAACAGUGGAUUACAUGAUAAAACAGCGGGAGGAUUUUGAGCCUUUUGUGGAGGAUGACGUUCCCUUUGAGAAGCACGUCUCCAAUUUGGCGAAGCCUGGCACUUUUGCUGGCAAUGAUGCAAUUGUGGCAUUUGCAAGGAACAAUCAAAUGAAUGUAGUUAUUCAUCAGCUCAAUGCUCCACUGUGGCAGAUCAGAGGCACAGAUGAAAGCAAUGUGAGGGAGCUUCACAUUGCCUAUCGGCAUGGAGAACACUACGAUAGCGUACGGAGAAUCAAUGACAACUCUGAAGCUCCGGCUAAUCUUCAAACACAGAUGCUUUGUAAAAAUGAAACAAAUAAGAAGGAGAAAAUCGAGCCAAAGAAGGAUGAAUCUGAAGAGGAGGUGGAGGAUGAAGUAGAGGAUGCUAUUCAAAAAGUUCGCAAUGCAACUGGGUGUUCGGAUCUUCAUUUAAUAAGUCAGAUUCUAGAAGUGGAGAACUACAAUAUUGAUUCUGCAAUAUUUGCCAUUCUCCAAGUGAAUGAAGUGAAAAGAAUCAAUGCAGAGGAGCAGUGUGGUUCCCAGGCCAAAGGUCAGAAGCCGCGUAGCUCAGCCCUGUGGGAGGAGAAUGGGAGUGGCAGUAGAAUCUUUGGAAAUCAGGGUUUACCUCCAGGUGGAACAGAAAACAACAAGGCACAGGUUAGACCUGUUGAAGAGACUCGAGCCAGCAAAAACCAUUUCCCAAAGGUAUCUAAUAAACAAAGGAAGGAGCAGCAGCGGCUGGAGAAGAAGAGGCGACAAGAAGAAAGGCACCGUCAGAAAGCCUUGACUAACAAGAGUAACAAUGCAAAUAACAACCGGAAUGAGACGGACUCAAACACGCAGGUCACCCUAGUGAAGGCCCUUGCGGCUGUGAAUAUUUAACUGUUACCGCGUUUAGGCCUCUUUGCAAAUGGGAAACAGAAUCGAGGAGGAGGAGUACUGACACUUGAGAGAAGGCCAUACUCUUCAAAACAAAUUUGUGGGCAUCCACUCAGUAUCUGCGUGCUAAGUCUUUUUUGGCUUUCUACAGCUGCAGGAAGAACAACUUGGGGACAUUAGAGAACAUUUGCCACUCAGAGCACUCUGCAGGGAUCAUGCCUCAAUCAUCAAACCAAAUGCCAAAUACCUGUUUUGUUUUUAAAUACUUAGUGCAAUAGAAGCUGCAAAGAUGUGCCAUUUGAAUGAGAACAGAGUUUUGUAUGUUGGACAGACUACAGAUUAAACUUUGAUUAUUUUA